AUGAGCGCCCCCCAAUCUCCCACCUCUCCGAAGAGGAGUCGUGGAUUCAGCGUGAAAUCCGACAAGUCAGACAAAUCGGGAUCAAGAAGUCACAGACGUGGUCCCUCUGAAUCAUCAGAAGAGAAAGCUCGUCGCAAUCUACACACCAAAGCAGAUCCUCUGGUCGCCAUGAGCGAACUUCAGCCUAUGGCGGUCGCGCUGGAAAAGUCCAAUUUGGGCUCGCUGCGUGAAAUCGAAUUCAAGGAUCAAUACGGGAAUACCAUCACCGAUCCCGACCUGUCAAACCCCACUCGACCCCGUUUGGAGCGCCCCUUGGAUACAAUCCGAUCGUUUGAGGCAGCUAUCUAUGGCACCUACAGUAAUAACCGUGCGUCGUACUCCAGGACAGGUACUCUCCAGGCAAUUCCUUGUGAAAAGUUAGGAAUGCGGGAAUAUGAGCUGACUUCGUCGAUAGAUGAUGCCGCAUCGCAGAUGGGCGACUACAGCCGACGAACAAGCUACUAUGGAGGUCAAAACGGUCCUUCCCAGAGAAACUAUGAUCAAAGCAGCCACUACGGCCAACCCCAAUCGCGACCAGAUAGCAUUGUGAAUGCGUACCAAAACACACCUCUCUCACCCGAGAACUCCAACCCCUACAAUCAGACUGGGUAUAACCUGGGCGGAUAUGGCCAAAGCAGCAGAAAACGCCCAUCUCACCACCCGCGCGGGUCACCCUCGGCCCCCAUGACCCCCGCCGAGGGCUACCCACACAUGGCCAACUCACAAUACGGCUACGGCCGGUCACGCGAUAAUGUGGCCAUGCCAAACACUGGUUCUGGCUACACAAACCCCUACGACCACUCCACAAACCCCAGCUCGAUGAACAGCUCCAACGACCAAUUGCAGCAGCAGGUCCUGCAGCAACAGCGUCUCGAUGAGCGUUCUCAAGCCGAGUAUGGUUUCAAUGGUCUCAGCUCCCCCAGGACUCCUCAGCCUGUCGGUGACUCUAGGUGGGGUGGACCUGUUGGAGGUCCUCCGACUUCCACGGGGGCUGGGUCUGCACCGCCGCCUGCGCGCAAGACUGUGAACCAAAUUCCGCCUCCUAAAGUGAAUACGGAUAAGAGGAAGAGCUGGUUCAAACGCCGAUUCAGCAAAGAUUAA